GACAAGGAAUAGCGACAGUGAUCCCAAAGGCUCGGAUGCAUUUGCCAAUGGAUACCCUUGGAAUAGUGGACGAUAGUGGACACGGCAUAGGGGACAACUAUGACAUGGCGAAAGGUGCCGGAUCGAGCUCUGGAGGAAGGGUCCACAGCAUCGAUGUCAUUCUGGGAUUCGCUAAAGACCAGGAGCCUUUGCUGCAUUCGGUGGGAGGUGGAGACAGUCCGAAGGAACCCGGAGCAAACGCACAGGAUCCUGAUAAGCAGGUCCAAAUGGACCCAUACGGGCACCUACCAGAACUGGGUGACAGCUCCCAGCACGCUGCUUACCAUGAGGCAGACCUGUUCUCCAACAACAAGUGUGAUGGAGAAAUGGGCAACCUGCACAAGGAAGUGGACAUUGCUGAGGACUCUCCAGAGUCGACUAAAGAGGAGGAGCAUGCCAAAAAGAAGCACAGACGAAAUCGUACCACCUUCACCACGUAUCAGCUUCACGAGCUGGAGCGAGCCUUCGAGAAGUCUCACUACCCAGACGUCUACAGUCGGGAGGAGCUGGCGAUGAAGGUCAAUUUGCCCGAGGUCCGAGUUCAGGUGUGGUUCCAGAACCGACGAGCUAAGUGGAGACGUCAAGAAAAGAUGGACACCAGCACCAUGAAGCUGCACGACUCUCCGAUGCUCUCUUUCAACCGGCCGCCCAUGCCGCCCAACGUUGGCCCCGUGGCCAACCCGAUGCCCCUCGACCCCUGGCUGAGCUCGCCCAUCUCCAGUGCCACGCCCAUGCACAGUAUCCCAGGGUUCAUGGGCUCGCCACAGGCCCUUCAGCCCAGCUACUCCAGCCACAGCUUCCUCAACAGCUCGCCCGGUAUGGUCCAGGGCAUGCAGGCCAUGGGCCCGCCUCCCUAUCAGUGUCCACCGAGCUUCAACGAUAAGUACCCUAUAGAGGACGAGAGGAGCUCCAGCAUUGCGGCGCUCAGGAUGAAAGCUAAAGAGCACAUUCAGUCAAUGGAUAAAACCUGGCAGCACAUGUGAUGUCGCUGCCCGAACGUGAAUGGAUCUCCCGCUUGUGAAUGUUUACAGACUGCUUUUUGAUUCAUAUACCAUCGAAGGUGAUGCGUGGUACCAAAGAUGUAUAGACUGAACUCUCCAAGUGAGCUUUUUUGUGACUUUUCAACGUCUUUCUCAAACACAACCAAUUGUUAGGAGAUGGGUAAAUCUUCCUGGGCUCCUUUACUUUGGUUUAGCUCCUCCCAGUGUUUAAACAUAGACUCUUUUUCCUGCCAUAAAUGUGUAUGUCUUUAUUUUAGACUGUAUUUGCAUCUGGAUAUAUGAACUAAAGAGAGGCUGCAUAGAGCCAUCCAUCAGAGGUAGCUACGUUUUUUUAUUAACUGAUCUUAUUGACAGAUGUGAACAAGUUUAUAUAUGUUUGAUGUCUUAACUGAGUGGCUUUCUUGGUGUUUGUUAAAAACAUAAUAGGUUUAUAGAUCUUUCUACGGCGGCCUGAAAAGGUCUUGCGAGGAACCCUGAUGUACUAAUAAUGUCUUCUUGAGGAUUUACGCUGGUUAAAUUCUGUGUGUUAGGUUUUGUAAGGCUGUGGAGAUCUCACCGUAUUGGAACGCUGUAACUUUUCAGAGGUUUUUGUUUCGUUAGAUUUGGCAGGACAAUAACGUCCCAUGUUUUUCAAAAGCAUGCUGUGAAAAAAAGGCGUGCCCCUUACAGAUUUCUUUCUGUUUUGAGCAAAUACAACAUUUAGUUUUCAGAUGAUGAUUUCAUUUUUUUAAGGGAAAACAUGCUAUUUUGGGGCCUAAAUGAAAACACAUGUGCCCCCUAGACCUAAUCACUGGUUGUGCCACCGUUGGCUGCAAUGAGUGCCAUCACGCCUUUCACAAUAACUGGCUGUGGAGGCCACUGUUCAAGCUCCUGCCACAACCUCUCAACUAGAUUUAGGUCUGGAGUUUAUAUAGGCCACUCCAAAACCUCCAUCUUGUUCUUUUGAUCCAUUUGAACGUGGACCUGCUCAUGUGCUUCCUGCUAUAUCCAAAUCACACAU